GUGGCAUAAUUACAGCUCGUGGUACAGAAAUGGCGUGUCGUGCUGGGUGAGUCUCCACCAACUCAAACCGGACCCAAAGCUUCUAUAAAAUCUAGCUGAAGGAAGCCUGUGGAAGCUCGUAUACUCCCUCUCUCUCUCUCUCUCUCUCUCUCUCUCUUCGGGCACUGUACAAUCCCAUUAUAGCCACCGCAGCAAUCGUCUCCGGCCACCGUAAUGGCUCCGAUCAGCGUCGGCGACGUGAUCCCUGACGGCACUCUCUCUUACUUUGAUGGCGAAAAUAAUCUUCAAAACGUGUCAGUUCACUCCCUCGCUGCCGGAAAAAAGGUUAUCCUCUUUGGAGUUCCCGGCGCCUUCACCCCUACUUGCAGCCUGAAGCAUGUGCCGGGAUUCAUUGAGAAAUCUGAGGAGCUGAAAUCAAAGGGCGUUGAUGAUAUUCUGUUAAUUAGUGUUAAUGACCCGUUUGUCAUGAGGGAAUGGGCAAAAACCUACCCAGAUAACAAGCAAGUUAAGUUCCUAGCAGAUGGCACUGCGGCAUACACCCAUGCACUUGGGCUUCAGCUUGACCUUUCAGAGAAGGGGCUUGGCACUCGUUCUCGGAGGUUUGCUCUCUUGGUUGAUGACCUCAAGGUGAAGGUCGCAAAUGUUGAAUCUGGUGGGGAGUUCACCAUCUCCAGUGCUGAUGAGGUCCUUAAAGCCCUCUGAUUUCCUGGUCCUCCUAGGACUUCCCUCUAAAUGGAUAUGGAUAUUGUGGUUUUGUAAGUCAAUAUUGUCGGCAGUCUAUUAAGGUGUCUGGUAUCAUAUGCCAUCGUGUGCUAUGCCUCUGUUUGAACUAUCUAAGUGGUGAAUGUUAAUGUUAUGGGAAACAAAUGGAUGGAAGCUUUUUGGUUUGAGUGUUACAGUCCCUUUGUCUUUUGAGGGGUUGCUGAUGACCA